AUGAAAAUUCUCCAGCUCAUAUCAAUAUCAUAUCUCGCAUAUGUCAGUUAUGCUGCUGCCACGCCGCAGAUUGAUGAACACAUUAACGUUGAAGUCGAAAAGCUCCCAGAAGGAUUAACAUGGGAGCAAUGGCAUAUGGAACAUGAGCAUCAGUUGAAAAAAUUCACACCAGAUCUGUUUUUUUCAUUACAUGAUACCAAGAACAGAGGUUUCUUAGAUAGAGAUGAUAUCCUAUCCCUCUAUGGCCUAAAUAGGAACGAAGUUGUGGGAAAGGGAGACGGAAUGGGUCAGCAUGAUGAGUCAGAGUUGGUAGACAAGGAGAUCGCAGAAAAGGCUGUCAAAUUGAUCAUGGACAUAAUGGAAGUUGAUGAAGACGGCAAAAUUAUGAAGCAAGAAUAUUUAGAUUUUGUUAAAAGAGGCGGAAGUUUUCCUGAUCUAGGCGUUGGCGUGGGACAUCAUGCAGGUUUCGAGAGCGAGUAUGAAAUACAUCAUUGGAACAAAUAUCACCAAGAAAGUGACCCAGAUGUGAAAGUUGUCCAUAGGGAGGAUGUUGAACAUGAGCUGCUACAUCAUGAACACGAGAUUGAGCACGAAGAAGAUGUGCAAAGGGAUGUUUCAAGAGCAACGGUUAUUACGGACGAUGAAUUGGAGUCAAGAAUAGCACCAAAAAAAAUUCCAAUGAAAUACAGAAACGGUCUAUAA